AUGUAUUAUUUAUACACAGAAGACGAACUAAAUCAUAAACUGGGAUUCUCCUCGUACAAAACAAUAUUCUAUGAAAACUUUAAUUUAAGUCGCAAAGUCCCAGUUAAAGACACAUGCAAUGCAUGUGAUGGAUUUAAUGCUAAAAUUAAAAAUUAUCAACACGAUGCUAAACUUAAAGAGGAGCAGGAAUUAAAACACACACAGCAUUUGCAAAAAGCAAAGGAAGCAAGAGAAUCAACGAAGGCUGACAUGGAAUUGACAAAAAUUAACGUAAAACUGGAGACCGCAACCUAUGAUAUGGAAAAAGGGUUGCGGGUCGGGGAGCUCAAGAGGAAAACCGAUAUUAACGGAAAUAAAAUUGGCUGGCUCGAAACUCAAGUUAUAAAACUCAGCAAAGAAUGUCCUUUUUCCAUGUUCAUAAAAUACACUCACCAUGUUAAUGAAGAGUUUAGGGAAAUAAAUAUCAAGAAAAUAUCUAAAGGUCGUCCAAAUACUCAAAGCAAUUUUUUCUCACAGCUAUUUGAACUAUACCCAGAUGCUAAAGUAAUUUCUACAAAAAAAUUGGCAGAUAUUAAAAGUUUGAUGGCUUUAAUUCCCAGCGAUGUAAAAGACUUUUACAAAAACUUAAAUGCAGCUGAUUUCGAAGAUGACGUAGAUGGUUUCGUUUCAUUAGUACAUGUCGUCGAAGGAGUUACUUUCAAAUAUGAUGAGCCUUCAAAUGUGCAAUUUGAGGAAGUUGAAAACUUCGACGAAGAAGGGACAAGUAAAUCUGUUUUAAACAAAAAUGUAUUGACAGAUGGUACUGUGCUUAAAGAAUUGCCUGUGAGAAACACUAUCGAGAAUCUAGAUUUGCAGCAACAGUGCACUGCAGUACAAAAUUUAGAAGGCGACAUGUCCAACUACGAGCCAGUGAGAAACAACACGGGUUUACAGCAAACAUGCAGUGACAUUGACCAGCAACCGUCAACAUCUCGUCUGAUUGACCAACCUAACAAUUUGCCCCCAGCUUUACCACGAACACUAGAAGAAGAUUUGAAUGUUUCUAGUUCAUCUUCGGAUCUAUAUGAACCUUCAGGUUCGUCACCUUCAGGUUCAUCAGACACAGAAAAUGAGAGCCCAUUGGAAAGUGACCUCGAGGGUCUUGCGAACCAAAAACGGGCAUCUACCAAGAAAAAAAAAAGAAGAGACGAAAAGACUUGGAAGAAAAACGUUAGAAAGCUCAAGAGACUAAAAGGCUUCUUCAAGCCGAAAAAAGAUCAAUGCAAAAAAUGUUUGGCGUACAAGGGUAUGUCUGAAGAAGAGAAAAAAGCAGAAGAAGAAGCUUAUCAAAAACAUGUGAAGAGAAAAAACAAAGCUAGGCAAGCCCGCGAUGAAGACAAGUUAAUAGCGAAAGAGAAUCCUAAGGUUUUGGCAUUUAAUUUCGAUUUACAGGCGGUCUUAACAACGCCAAAAGGCAACCAAAAUGUUAUGUGCUACCUUUGGGACGAAACAAAAGGAAAAAGAUGGGCAAAUGAAAUUUCAUCCUGUGUAUAUGAUUUUAUUAUGAGCCAUUCUGAGAUAGAAGAGGUCCGUAUGAUGUCUGACGGCUGUGGAGGACAGCAAAAAAAUUCAAUAUUUGCAACCAUGUGCAUCCAUCUGCUUGUGGAACAUCCAUCAUUAAAAGUAAUUAAUCAUCGGUUUUUCGAAACAGGGCACACUGAGAUGGAGUGCGACUCCAUCCAUUCAAAGAUAGAAAAAAAAGCAAAAUUUGUACCCGUUUAUACCCCAGAGGGAUGGGCGCAACUUAUAAGAGAUGCACGUGUUACUCCACGUCCUUUUGCUGUAAAGUCUUUGACGUUUGAUGACUUCUUUGAUUUUAAAAAGUUUUCAAAUAAUAAUUACAUCAAUUUCAAUAACAUUCCCUGGAGAAAGAUUUGCUCCCUUCGAUACGUUAAAGAGAAUAGUUCCAUAAAAGUUUUUUACAAAAUAGACUUUACCGAUGUUUUUAUUGAAGUAGACUGCAAAAAAACUCGAGGACGUCCAAAACAAGCGGACUUAAAAAAUGCCUAUCAAAAUGACUUGCCCAUCAGCGAGGCAAAGUGGAAAGAUCUCGACAAAAUGUGUAAGGAUUUAAAAAUCCCAAAAGCGUAUCACGAUUUUUACCAUUCCUUAAAAACAAACCACAAUGUGAGGGACAAUUUACCGGAACCCCAUAUUAGUGAAGGAUCCGAUACUGAUGAAGAUUAA